AUGACAUGGAUGCUCUUUGUCUUUUGUGUCAUACGCUUGGUCACUUGUUCUACGCGCAUCGCAUGGGCAGCAAACCCAACAAGCUCCAAGCUCGCCGUUGCUGCUCAAGUCUUUAACAGUGCCGGCAUUAUCAUCAUCUAUAUUGUCAAUAUGAUAUUUGCGCAACGAAUCCUUCGGUCCAAGCAACCUAAACUCGGCUGGAAUGGGCUAUUUCGUAUCGUUUUCAAGAUACUUUGCGCCUUGAUUGUCGGAUCGCUUAUCAUGGCCAUUGUGGCCCUGGUCGUAUCCAUAAAUACGACAAACUUGCACACUUUGCGUUCCAUCCACGACGUCAUUCUUGCAAGUUCAACCUAUUCACUAGUUCUUGCGGUCUUUCCGUCUUGUAUGCUCGGCGUGGCAUAUCUGUUGCCCUCAUCGCCAGAUGAAGAAACUUUUGGAACCGGAAGUCAGGGCAAGAAGUCGGCAAUCCUCCUCAUUUCCUGUUCCCUGGCCAUAAUCAUUGCUGGUUUCAAGACUGGUACCACUUGGGAACCGACCCGCUCGGCGCUCAAUCCAGCUUGGUUUGACUCGAAAGCUGCCUUUUACUGCUUUGAUUUCAUGCUAGAGGUCAUUAUUCUUGCAAUAUUCCUGGUAUCUCGUGUAGACAACCUCUUUCACGUGCCAAAUGGAUGCAAAGGGCCCGGAGACUAUACACGGCUCCGUCAGCAAGAGCCUUCAGAUGUCGAAAAGGUCUGA